AUGGAAUAUGAAUACAACAGACCGAGUAAGAGGGAGAAUUCUCACAAACCACCGCCCUAUGCCAAAGAUUAUUACAACACCAAAUAUUCAGAAGAAAAGCCUUAUGAAAUGGAGUUCAAGAAAUAUAUAAGUUACGUGACUGAAGCAACUCCCGUGAAGUAUAUGCCGCAAGAAGAUAUAAGAAGUCCAUAUCCUAUAGACAUAGAACCGAAUCAAGUCAGUUUCCACGGAUCGCAGGACGACAGGCCGCCACCGAGCAAAGUAUUCAGUGCGCAAGAUAACGGACUGACUCAAUUCAAGGGAUUUGGACCAGAAGUCAGUACACCAACUAAAUACAAAGAUUUUGGACCACAAUAUGACCGACCAAGUUUUGCUCCGCCAGGCACAUCACGCCCAUUCAAGACUUAUGGACCACAAGACGACAUAAUACCUCCAACAUCUAACAUUGAUAGUGUUCAAAAAUUCGAAAGCCUUCCACCAACGCCUUACCCAGGUCAAACUCCUUCAGAUUUUCCUGUAACGACUGAAGAAGAAACAUUGCCUCCCCCAAUUAACAUGAGAGAAGUAGACUUUGAUGUGUCUUACACAAAUAACGUACCCACCGUAGUGCAAGCAGAUUCUACUUCAUAUGAAGUUGAAAAUUUCGGUGACUUACCGUUGAUGAAUUACAAUUCUAAGUUGCAUUCAGUCAGUUCGUACCAUGUGCCGCAUUACACUGUAACACAAUCAAAAUCGCAAUCACUCCCAUCGCCCCCUUCAUCGUCUUACUCAUCAUCGCAGUCAUACUCUUCAUCAUCUACUGGCCUAAAGCCGUCUCCUGCUGCAGCAUCCAUCAAGGCUCCUCCCGUAGAACCUGCUCCUCCACCAUCAGUAGCCAAGGAGCAAAGUGAUGCACAUCUGAAGGCCAUCAAGAUAUGGUCCCACAAGUCAAAAGGCGCUGCUUACACGCUUCACGAUGAUGGUACUUUGACGCCAGAAUGGCCCCGACCGAAAUAUGGUAAAUAA